AUGUUAAUUACUGAUAACAAGUCCUCUUCUGCAACUAACACACAUCCUGCACAGGACAGUGAUGGCGGAGUACGGGCGUCCCAUGGCUCGAAUCACAGGAGAAAUCUUUCGAGUCAUUCCCCUCCACUGCCCGAAGGAGCUGAAAUGUCUCAGUACCUGGCAGAAUCUGAAGCAUCCUUAACGAUACAUAAGGAAGGAAAAUGGGUCGAUGUAGAGACACCAUCAGGGGCUUUGUUGGUGAACCUAGGUGCCAUGAUUCAAGCCAUGAGCAACGACGAGUACAAGAGUGCCUUGUACCUGGGGUUGCUGAAUGAGGAGACGGAUAGGUUGUCGCUGUGGUAUUUCUUCGAUGAAGCCACUAUUUCGUCCCUCAACUAUAAGCUAGAGCAGCAGAAGAGAGUUGGAUCAUCUUGA